GAACCAAAACAAAUCCUCCCAAGUAAAGGGCGUAAAUGAAUGGUAUGCUCCUAAGGAUAACAAUCCCUUGCUAUUUAUUUAGAGAAAUGAUUCAUUUCUCAUUUAUUUACGCGCGCGGCGAUCUUUGGCUCUUAAUUUUCCGAGGAAUUUGCAGAGCCUAGCCUCAAAAAGAAAAAGAAAUCGUAAAACUGAAGGACACUGCGAGAUAAGUUGCAGAGAUGGGGUUUUGAGGCUCACCGUUCUCUUCUUCUGUGAAGUUUGUUGAGCCAGUCAUGACAAUGGAGGAUGAUUCAAUCGAACAAGCAGCUGUUGCUCGUCGGGAGAGGCUCAAGGCUCUCAAAGCUGCGAAAGAGCUUAUGAACGGUCCAGAUGAAGAUUUAGGGCAAAAGGAGUCUAUAAAAGAAGAUGCAGAGGAAACUGAGCCAGAGGAACAACCGAGCAUGAAGUUCCGGAAUUACCUUCCUCAUGACAAGCAUCUCCAGGAAAGCAAGUUGGCACCCCCUCCCCCACCAAAGUUUGAAGAUCCAGUUGCUCCAGAACCUCCAGUAUCUGAAAAACCAGAGGACCCAUUUGUGAACAUUGCCCCAAAGAAGCCAAAUUGGGAUCUUCAGAGGGAUGUGCAAAGCAAGCUCAAGAAGCUUGAGAAGCGGACGCAAAAGGCAAUGUUCGAGCUCAUGCAGGAACAAGACAAGGAAAGAUUAGCUUUAACUACAGAAAAUGGCACUGUCAGUUCUGAAGAUUAGCUGGCGCUGCUGAUUGUUGAUUGAUAUUGUACAUGCCUCCUUCAGCGUUCCUAGAUUCCACCUCAAAAAUAUGAGAGGUAUGAUUCGGAGUUUCAAGAAUUUAUGGUCGCCUUUGGUUUGAAAAGCUGUAUACAAUGAAUAUAAUCAGAGACAGUGGAGAGGAGGAAUGUAACGUGGCUGCUACUUUUUAUAUUAGCUCUGUACACAUUCAGAACAAUCCGGAAUUCCAGAACCACAAGUGCCUCAAUCUUAAUAUGCA